GAAAUUGAAGGGGGAAAUUGCGGGGAGGAUCAAGCGAGCCGAGGUUCUCUCUCUCUCUCUCUUUCUCUGAGUUAAUAUAUCAAUAAAUAUAUAUAUGUAUAUAUAUUUACAUAUAUAUAACUAUGGCUUUCUAUGGAUUUUACUCAAAAUCCUAACUCAUGUCGUUCGAUCAGGUACAGUGACUCCUUUCGUGACUCUUCCAACCCCUCCUCCACCACGACAAUUCAGCACUCCUGCCAUCGACGAACUAUCCUAUCAUAAAACUAACAAAGCUCGAAUCAUAGGAAGAGAAAUCGAACCCUAGUUACGGGGGCGACGAGGAGAACUUCAUCGAUUGGCCAUUUCCACAGCAAUCACGUGUCAUCUCCGAUGCUCUUCGACCCGCAAUUUUUUUCUCUCGU